AUGCACGUGAGCGAAAGGGCCUGCACAGCGCUCUUGAAUGGACUGAAGCUCACUAAAUGGACCACACUGUUGAAGCGGCCCAAGUCAUGUGUUGCCGCUUCCAGUUGGGGCAGGAGCAUGCCCACCUCUUCGAACUCAUUGACAUUGAAUACUGCGUACCCCGCAGCAUGUUCAAAUAACACGUACCACUUUUCAGGCUACAAACAAAAUCACGCACACCAAUAA